AUGGCAGAGGGUGAUAAAAAAAGGAGAAGUUCUCGAUUAUUAGCUCUUGAAGAGACGAAAUGUGAAAGGGCAGUUCUCGCAUUACCUGUAGAUUUUCGACAGAAGAAGGUUGAUGGCCGUUCAAAUUUGCAAAAGCGAGGAAGGAAAAGAAUCAGAGGAAUUGAAGGGGAAGUUCAAGGCUUGCAGGAUGUUGGUUUGAAAAUUAAUGGAAAUUUACUGAACAGUACAGUAUCAUCGCGCAAUGCAACUGACAGGAUCAUUGGAUACAUUCUUGAUAUGCUGGAAGUAAAAGACACACAUGAAUUGUUCUCUAUGCCCGACAACCUCCAGACUUAUGAUUAUGAAGAAAGUAUGAAACAACCUGGUGACUUUGCAACACUAAGACAAAAAUACACUGAUAAAAUGUACGCGACAUUGGAUCAUUUUGAGAAUGAUGUUUUGACAGUAUUCCAUAAGGCAAUUGACUCAAAUGCUCCAAACUCCAUCCCUUUUCGAGAGGCAAUGACUUUAAGAGAUCAUGCAAAGCAAAUUUUCCAAUCUCUAAAAAAUAAUCUUGCAUAUGCGGAAUUGGAACUGUCAGAAUGGCAUCAGCAUUAUUUUAGAUAUAAAAGAAGAGCAUUAAGAAGUGAUUCAAACAUUGGGAAUUCAAGUACUGCACCUCAACGAGAGUAUAAUGCCCGUGUUUCUGUUUCCACGGGCAUAAAACAACAUAUAGGAACAAGCAAUUCUGCAGGUGUUAGGAGAAAUGUACAGUCAACAUCCAGCUCGAGGGCCAGAAAUCAAAGAGUCUCAUUCUUGCAGAGAAACCCUCUUAAAGUUCAAAAUUUUUGCCUCUUAUACCAUCAGAUAGAUUCAAUAAUUUCACCCAUGAAUGAUAUUGGGCAUAAUUUCACCAAGGCUACUCACAGAGAACAUGAACAACAUCCACAACUCCCAGAAGAGCAACGAAGAUACACUUACAAGCCUGGGAACGACUCAAAGGAGUCAUUGUUUACAAUGUUUUGCAACGAACCUAAAACUAUUGUUUAUAACAACAGCACUCUGAGCUACCAAGAGAGCCUUCGACAAUUUGUGAAGGAUGCAGGUCCAGCAGCAAAACUCAUCGCAGAAAACAAAUGCCACGAGUAUUAUAAACGAGUACAAGCCCAGUCUAUUUGGAGACCGUCCCCCUUUGGCACUCAGAGCAAAAUCGGCGCUCAGCAUAUUCUCAGCCAAAAUAUCGGUUCUUCAAGCUCAUCAGCUCCAAAUAACGACAAUCCAAAUUCAACAAGUAUCAAUGAUCAAAAUGCUUCCAACAGAACGCAGCAUCAAGCCUGUCAACUUCACACUGAUGAGCUAUUGACACUGUUCUCUUUAAUAGGAACACCAGAAUUUUCGCAGAGAAGCUCGGCAUCAAGUUCGAAAGAAGAAGUGAACAAAUCUUCAAUCAUUAAUGAUUCAGUAAUCUGGCAACCGAGAUCUGGGGGUUCCAAGUCUUGGAAAGAGGACGAGAGAGAGGGUUCAUCUAAUGUUAGUGCAGGUCUCUACCAGAACAAGAGACAUGGAUUACCACCGAAACCACCGACCAAUCUUAACAUGUUUCAUGGAAAAAAGUAG